AUGUCUGCACGCGGUAAAGGAGGAAAAGUGAAGGGAAAGCCAAAAUCCCGCUCAGUUCGUGCCGGUCUCCAGUUCCCUGUUGGCCGAAUUCACCGUCUGCUGAGGAAGGGAAAUUAUGCUGAACGUGUCGGUGCCGGAGCACCCGUCUACUUGGCAGCUGUAAUGGAAUAUCUUGCCGCCGAAGUACUGGAGCUGGCAGGAAACGCUGCCCGCGAUAACAAAAAGACCAGAAUCAUCCCCCGUCAUCUGCAACUUGCAUCAUCGUGCAUCCAUCAACUCGUCGUCUACAACUGUGUGUGGAAGAAAACCAAACCAAACGAACGCGCAAUGGCUGAAACUGCUAUCGACGUUGCUGCCACGGCCCCUGCCGUCGUCGCCUCUCCGCCAGCUGCCAAAGCACCACCGAAGCAGGCGGCCAAGGCUAGCAAGAGUGACGCCAAGAAACCGAAAAAAUCUUCAACCCAUCCACCAGUGAGUGAGAUGGUUCUGGCUGCCAUCCGGACCCUGAAGGAACGGAGCGGAUCAUCACUGCAGGCGAUCAAAAAGUACAUCGCCGUCAACUACAUGUGUGACGUCGCCAGGCUGGCUCCGUUUAUCCGGAAGGCUUUGAAAACGGGUGUCGAGAAGGGAAACAUCACCCAGACCAAGGGUACCGGUGCUUCCGGAUCGUUUAAGGUGACGGUCGAAGCAAAGAAACCGGCUGGCGAUAAGAAACCACCAUCGGGUGCAGCGAAAAAACCGAAGAAAUCGGCUACUAAAUCCGGGGAGAAGAAAAAUCCGCCGGCUGGUGGUGGUGAGAAGACCAGCAAGCCCAAGGCGGCGAUCGCGGCCGCUAAGAAAUCGGCUACGAAGAAAGCGAAAGCUGCUGCCCCUGCAAAGGCGGUAACGGCUGCCACUAAACAGAAAGCCACCAAACCAUCGAAGCUUGAGCAGCACACCCGCAUUCAACUGGCCCGCCGAUUGGCAAGAUAA